CAACAACAACAAAAAAUGCAAGGCAACUAAUUCAUUCGCGUUGCUUCGUAUGGAAAAAAAAAAGUUUCUGGAGGAACAACAACAAUUCUGACAGGCUACAAGGGUCAAAGGCUCGCCUUUCAGUAUGAGCGCUUAAAUAUUCAGCUCUUUCUACAAAGCCCUUCCCUCUUCACCUCAAUCUGAUUUAAAUAUUUAGUCCUGCUGCGUCGUUACAAGUCAUGAUACCUUGUAACUGAUUUAGAGGGGGCACUUCAGUCUUGUAAGAGACGUCCUGGAGCAGCCUAAAACUUUAUCUGGGCAUUUUCGCUCAAAGUUUUCACUGACUCUGGAGUGUGAAGAUGGCUGUCAAACUGUUUAUAUUAGAAGGUCCAUUUAUUCCCUUUUGUGAUGUCACUGUGGUCCUCUGUGCUUUUAUUGUGAUCCUCAUUGCCCUCAGAAGCAGGAAAAGUGUGAGAAAAGAUCUGAAUCAUCCUCCAGGACCAACACCCUGGCCAGUCAUUGGCAACAUGCUGCAACUAGGGAAUCAACCACAUAUAUCCCUGACAAAGAUGAGGAGAAUAUAUGGAGAUGUGUUUCAGGUUAAAAUGGGCUCUUUGCUUGUGGUGGUAUUGAACGGUUAUGAUACCAUAAAGCAAGCACUAGUCAGACAAGGAGAAAGUUUUGCUGGUAGACCGGAAUUAUUUACGUUCUCUGCCGUAGCAAAUGGGACUAGCAUGACUUUCAGUGAGAAAUAUGGCGAGAGUUGGAUACUCCACAAGAAAAUAUGCAAGAACGCUCUGAGAACCUUUACUCAGACAGAGGCUAAAAACUCUACCUGCUCUUGUCUCUUGGAGGAGCAUAUUUGUUUUGAAGCCUCAGAGAUGGUCGGCAUGUUAAUGGAACACCCUUGUAAAGAAAGUGGUUUAGACCCCACAAUUCCAAUUGUAAGCUCAGUUGCUAAUGUGGUCUGUGCACUGUGUUUUGGCAAAAGGUACGAUUACAGUGACAAAGAGUUUCUCACCAUUGUCCAAGUAAAUAAUGAAGUGCUUCGAGUUUUUGCUGCAGGAAACUUAGCUGACUUCUUUCCCGUGUUUCGUUACCUGCCAAGUCCUGGCCUCAGGAAAUUAGUCCAAUACAUAGAAAGAAUGAACAGUUUUUUGGCCCGAAAUAUUGAAGAACACUUAACUACAUUUGAUAAGAAUUGCAUCAGAGACAUUACAGAUGCAUUGAUCGCUUUGUGUGAAGACAGGCAUGAAGAGAGCAAGAAUUGCAUGCUUUCAAAUAAACAAAUUGUCAACUCUGUCAUUGACAUAUUUGGGGCAGGCUUUGAUACAAUUAUAGCAGGUUUACAAUGGAGCCUACUGUAUCUUAUACAGUUUCCAGACGUCCAAGCACACAUUCACCAGGAAAUUGAUGAUAAAAUUGGCUCCAGCAGACUUCCAAGGUUUGAGGACAGACCAAAAAUGCCGUACACAGAAGCAUUUAUAUCCGAAGUAUUCAGACAUACAUCCUAUGUCCCGUUUACAAUACCACACUGUACCACAGAAGAUACCAUCCUCAAUGGCUAUUUCAUUCCCAGAGACACCUGUGUAUUUGUGAAUCAAUAUCAAGUCAAUCAUGAUGAUGCUCUGUGGAAAGAUCCAGACAAAUUUCAGCCAGAAAGAUUUUUGGAUGAAUCAGGACAAUCAAACAAAGACCUAACAGAAAAGGUCUUGAUAUUUGGAAUGGGUAAAAGGAGGUGUCUGGGAGACGGGUUUGCCCGUCUUGAGAUGUUCAUCUUCUUAACCACAUUACUCCACCGUUUUCAGAUUAAAAAUGUUCAUGGGCAGGAGCUGGAUUUAAAUGCUGAUUAUGGGCUAACAAUGAAGCCUAAGCCAUACAAAAUCAGUGUUUCUCAGAGACUAUAACAGCUUAUAGAGGGCAAACGAUAUUUAAAGCCACUGGCAAACAACAUACUAACAAUAUUGCAAGCUGAAGAAUUAAAAAUAAAAACUAAGAUAAAUUAAAAUGGCAGUGACAGGCUUUCCUCUUUGAAAGGAAGGUUCAGUGAAAUAUGAAAUUAUGGGAAAAACUAAAGCCAAAGGCAAUAACAAGAAAUGAGCUUAGUGUGCACUGCCUGAUUUUAAAGCAACUAAAUAAAAAAGAAUGUGGAAGUAUGCACUCGGUCUCAUUAGUAGCAAUUAAAAACUGGAUCAGAAGUGGCUGAGAUCCUGCAAAAUUUCAGGGUGAAUUUGAAUGGCCUGACUGGUUCAUUUGGACAAUGCAAAAUGUUUAUCAAGUCCCUACAAUAAAACUAAUGUAAAGACUCUUUGAGUAUACAGUGUAUUAGCUUCUAACUAGUUGUACAAUAUUCCCUUAUAAUGAAAGAUAGUAAUGCUCGUGUUACAGUUUUGAAAUGGAAUAAUGACAAUAUAAAAAGGCUUAUACAGGCAGUGUUCUGCUCAACUAAGAAAUAUUUCUUUGCUAAUAUCUCCGUCAGGAAAAAUAUAGGAACACAUUAGGAAACACUUUUACAAACAUAAGAAUGGUGAAUAUUAUAAGAAGUAGAAUUAAUAUUUACAAUGUUAUAAAUGUAAUUGUCUUUUAGAUCAUUGUGUGUCUUUAUUAACAUCUACAAGUUUUGUAUUUAAAAUCAGGUACUUCAGAUGUGUGAAUUAAUCACAAUAUUUUGUAAGCUCUUAACCAUAUCAGUUGCAAUAAUAUAUAUUGUGUUUUUUACAAAAAUAUUUUAAAAAAUACUCAAAUUUAGUUUUUAUAAAAAUCAAGCAUGUGAAAGUAUAUAAUGUUUCCAUUUCUCUUCUGUUGUCUAGAAAUGCACUUUUAUUUGUUCACUUAAAUGUGUUAUGAUUUAAACUAAAAUUAGGUUUUAAAUAAAUAGCUUUAAAAUAAGUUUAAUUUUGAUUUCAAAAAGGGAAUGUUUUACAUGUAAGCAGCAGGCAGUUUACUGUUAAGUAUGGCUUUAAAUAUGAAUUUGUAUGACUGUUCAAAUCCAAGACUUCAUGCUGAAUACUCAAUGUAUUAGAUUAGGGGCAGUUGUUUUAUUUAGUAAAGUAGAAAACAUUCAGAUACAGUGAAAAAAACAAUGCAUUUCUCUCUGUUGAACUGAACUACGUUUAAGUUGAAUGCAGCUUUAAGUAAUUUUUAGAGAAUAAAUUUGUCCCACUAUUUAUGGUGUUAUAUAAUCUACUUUACAUCUAUAACAGAGGCAUUUUUAAUGAUUUAUAUAACUUGUAGAAAAGCUUUAAAGGAUAUAUUUUAAAGAAGCGUUAAUCAAAAAGAAGAGAUAAAACCUCACAUCUAAAAUUACCCCUAUAAUAUUUAAAAAUUAAACACAUUUCAUAAUUUUAGAUAGCUAAGGUUAUCAAACAGAAAAAAAUCAAGUAUCUCGUCUAGUUAUAUGUUACAUAUACACCCACACACCAUCCAUUUCUCCAUAUUUUAUCUCCAAGAUUUAAGAAAUGCUUCAAGCACGUCUAAAGCUAUUAAUUCAAGCCUGCCUAAGCUGCUGUGGUUGGGAUUUCAGCAGAUAUGUCUUAUUUCAGUUCUUCCUCUAGGCAUUGUAAUUAGAUUUGGUCUCUGUAUUUACAAGAUGUUUUACAAUUUUUACAAAACAUACAUUGUAAAAAGCCUAGAAAAUAGAGUUGUCAAAAAGGAAAUGUGGAAUAAUGACAAAACCAUAACUAAAAGCCAUGAAGACAUUCCAUUAAAUUAGAUAUCUAAAUUAUUCAAGAGAAUAGUUUAGAAUUCUUACUUUCUUACAAUGCCAAAUUAUACAUCUAAAGAAAACCAAUACCGUGGAAUCAUUUGAAGUAACCAACAGUGUAAGACAAAAGCAUGGAAUUAUGAUCACUCAGAAUAAACUUGUUUACUCAUUGUUGGAUGCAAUAUGGGGGAUUCAACCCAAUAUUAUUUGUGUUGUUUUAAGUCUCCUGAGAAUAUAGUCUGGUGGGUUUUGUAGAUCUCAAUCAGUAGACCUUUGAUUUGUUUUGCAAGGGCUAGUUAGGACAGGCAUUGACAUUGAGAGUGCUAAAUACCAUGCAUUUGUUUUUCUCCUUAAAUCAGACAUUUUGUUCCCAGCAGUUUUGUGUAUCUUCCAAUACCCGUUCUUAAUAUAUUGAUGAUACAUAAAAUUCUAAAAAAAUAAAAAAAAUAUUUCAGUCUUUU